CGUAUAGUGACAGCACUGGGCAAGAACUGGCACGUCGAGCACUUUGUCUGCGCCAAAUGCGAAAAGCCGUUUCUGGGACACAGACACUACGAGAAGAAGGGUUUGGCUUAUUGUGAAACACAUUAUCACCAAUUAUUUGGAAACCUGUGCUUUGUAUGCAAUCAAGGAGAUGUAUUCACAGCGUUGAACAAGGCGUGGUGUGUGGAGCACUUCCAAUGUUCGUGGUGUGACACUAAGCUCAAUCAGAAGUCCAAGUUCUAUGAUGUUGAUCUUAAGCCAUGUUGCAAAAACUGUUACGCAAAGUUUCCAACCGAACUCAAGAAACGCCUUAAAAAACAAUACACUGAGAGAACAAUUACCACAAAGAGUAUCCUUUAAAUGAAGAUCUACUUAUUUGUUGUUUAUUAACUCUAUAAUCGAUUUUUAAUACAAUUUUAUUUUAUUUUAUUCUUAACAAUAAUAUAUUGAAUCGGUUAUAAAGUUGUAUUGAAGUCAAUUGCUGUGCCAAUUGAUUGAAUGUAAUGGCAGUAAUAAUUGCUAAAAGUGAAUAUUUUUGGCAAACAAACUCUAGUUAACUUUAAACACUACUGACUUUAAUUUAAUUAAAUUAAUUCCAAGAC